AUGGACGACGACCGAGAGCUCUUUAUCCAGCAACUCGUGGCAGCACUUCAAGAGAAUUCAGCGCUCUCCAGUAGCAUUACAUCCAUCUCAUCAUCUUUGCAGUCAUCUUGCAAUGCUGCUGAUGUUUUUAUCAGCUCUGAAAGUGCAGUAGAAGGUGAGAAUUCGUCCCAGGAACACACAGGGCUCUUCCUCUCCAGUAAUGCUGCAUCUUAUGAUAAAGGUAGCGAUCGUCUCGCACCAGAUGCGUACGUGCAACUUCAAUAUGAUUUUCCUCAGGCUCAGGACGCAUCAAUUGAAGCAUUGGCGGAGCUCUACAGACGCAUAUCAAUUGAGAAAUCAAUGUGCCCAAAAGCUGCUGAGGUUCCAGUUACAGCCAAGUUGCUUGAUAAUGUAGCAUUUUUGAACGACAAGAGAUCGUUCUCUAAUAAGAAGGAAGCUCAGAUCACACGAAGCUCAGAGGCCAGUGGUCUUUUGGCAGCGUCGUUAUUGUUGCUGGUUUUUCGUAUGUUUUUGGAAGAGCCAGAAGACGCACGAGUCGAUGCGUUGUUGUCAUCUCUUGGCAUAAGGCCGUCAGAAGAAGAGAGAAGAUGCAAUGUGAAUGGAAUGGAGCAAAUGAAGGAAACAAGAAAGGAAGAGGAGGACGAGUAUGUAGAGAAGUUUGCAGCUCAAGAAGAUCCGGAUGAUCUCAGCGAGGUCUAUGAAGGACACUUGCCAGAACAUGGUGGAUGGUGCAACCAAACGGGGAAUACAGAAACUUUAGCUACCACAACAACUUCACGGGUUGAGAAGCUACAAUACUUGGCCUCACAUACUUUCUCGUCGUCUUUUGAGAGCGUGUCUGUGGAAAAGUGGGAGCAGUGGCGUCUCGAUGACAACCUUGUUGCAAUCAUAAAGCUUCUUGUCGACCAAGACCCGUCUCUAGAGGCUGGAAACGAAAAUGAUUCAUUAACUGCGUUGUACGGACCGUGCGGCGAGUGGACUCGAUAUCUGUACGUUUUGCGAGACCGUGUUCUACGUUAUCCUAACACAUGUCGAGAUACUUUGUGGCGGUUGAAGGAGCUAAUAGAAUAUCUUCAGACGACUCAAUCAGUUGCAACUGGUGGGCAUACGUCGCACCAUAUAGUUUACCAUGUGUUAGCUGAGCUGGCACUGUCACGAGAGUUCCAGCAGGAUGCGGUCCAGCGUGCUCAACAAGGUAUGACAUUGGUCAUCCAAGAAUUGAUCCCACUCAUUACGCAGGACAUUCACCAGAUCGUGGCUGCACCAAGUGCUUUGAGACGCCAGAGAAAGAAGAUUGUGUCAGAGCACGAACAUGAUGUUUUAGAAGCUAGUGUUGGUGAUGGCAAUGGAGAUGACGAGCUAGCAAUGACGAUUUUGCAGUUACUCCACUUCAUGUUAUUUGCAUCGGCCAAUACCCGUACAACCACUGAAAAGCUUCACGAGAGUGGCAUGCUGCGAACACUACUAUUGCUUUUACCGACAACAAGUGAUACAGACAAAGACAAACAAGCGCAAUUUCAGGAUAAAUGCUGGUGUCCAGCUCUGCUUCGUCUCUUCGGUGAGUGUGCAUUGUGGCAUGCUGGCUUUGCUGCGUAUAUUACGCGUGUGCCAAAGUUUGCUGUGAUGCUUUCGGCAUUGCAAGAGUACUUUGUAGUCGAGCAGCUUCUUUUUGGCCUUGCAUUUCACCAACACGGGCUGCAGAUUGAGACAAGAACAGCAUUUGGAAAUCUUGAUCUUUGGAAGGUGUUUACAUCCGAGGUAUUAUUUCCAUCACAGUGUGAGUCAUAUCUCGACGCAAUGAAGAAGCUACAGGACACUGUCUUGAUUCUGGAUUGUCUCGAAAAAGUGCUUGCAUUCUUACGACCUGCGAUGCAAAAGGAGCUUCAAUACAAUCUGCAGCAGAUUUAUCUCAACUUUGGUCAAUCAUUCGAGUACCCGACGUUUACUGCUGCUGAUGAUGCUUGUCAGCAACAGCGUUUUAAUCCACUUGCAGUGGAUGAUGAUGAUGCACAUUUUGAUGCUAGUGGUGACAAGAAGGACAAGAAGGAGAAAGACCGUUGCCAGAUAGAAACUCUCCAGUUUACAAGAGUCCGGAACAAGCUGCGACAGAGCAUUAAAUCAGUGCUAGCUCUGCUUUCUUCAGGCUCUAGUAUAACGCCUAUGGAUGGUCGUGUAUCGUCAAAAUUUGAUUGA